AUGCCCGGUGUUCGCGACGUCUCGUACGUGUCAAGCAGGACCGCAUCAACGACAAGGACGCCGACGAUCCCCAACCCGUUCCAAGCUGCCGAGGAGUUCAUCAAGGCCUACUCCAGCCACCUCAAGCGCUCGGGCAAGCUCGAGAUCCCCACCUGGGUUGACAUUGUCAAGACCGGUGCCCAGAAGGAGCUUGCUCCUUACGACCCCGACUGGUACUACGUCCGUGCCGCCUCGGUCGCCCGCCACAUCUACCUCCGCAAGCACGUCGGUGUCGGUGCCCUCGCCAAGCUCCACGGCACCAAGCACCGCCGCGGUGUCCGCCCCGGCCACCACCGUGACUCGGCCACCGGUGUCGAGCGCUCGGUUGUCCAGGCCCUCGAGAAGAUUGGUGUCCUUGAGGCCCACCCCGACGGUGGCCGCAAGAUCUCGCAGGACGGCAUGCGUGACCUUGACCGUAUCGCCACCGCCGUCCUCGAGGCCCAGCGCGAGGAGGAGGAGGAGGAGUCCGAGGAGGAGUCUGAGGAGGAGGAGGACGAGGAGGAGGAGGCUGAGGACGACGAGUAAGCCCCUCUCCACAUGAUAGCGGGUACUUUGUCAUGAGAUUCCACCUACAUUGCACUGGGAUGUUGGGCUGUUGAGGGGUGUUGCGUUGAGGUUUACAGGGGCGACUAACUGGGCAAACGGUGAGGAGGGGACUGCUGGAACAUGGGGC